GGUGUGGGGAGGUUGCUGUGCCAGUGGGAUCUGAGAGCUGAGCCAGUGCAGAGCUGCAUACCAAGUGCGGGAAGGUCACAGAAGGAGCAGAAGUGGAAUGAAUGCGGAUUUUAACGCCUGAUUUGUUCCUAUUCAAAUAGUAUAGCAGAUACAAUGCCAUCUUUGAAGACAUAAAGAGCUGGACUUUCCGUUUUAUGCACUGUAUUGGACAGACAUCAUGCCCAGGCUCAAACAACGGAGAAAACUGAAAACCAAGAAAUCCUUCAAAAAAAAAGAAGUUUCUCUCUUCCAAUCCAAGUUGCCUCCUUCUCCACUGCCCUCCCCUGCAAGAACGGUUAUUUCUUCAACAGAUAUCCCCCAUAGCAGAAACUGGCUAACAUCCUCGUGGAACUUCAAAUUUCCCAAAGAUGUAAUAAAACUUUGGACAAAUAGAGUGUGGUCACUAUACAGCUGGUGCCAGAACUGCGUAGCCCCGAGUUUAGAAAUAUUGAAAGAUACCAUCUUUCCAUCCCGAAUCUGUCACCGAGAACUUCAUAGUCUGAAACAGCAGUUUUGCGCUUUGGAAAAUGAAUUGUGCAAACUUCAGGAAGUGCUGAAGACCAUCUCAGGAAAUUGUUCAUGUUCAAGCUGUAGUCAAAUGUGUCACACGCACAGUAAACUCAUAAAAGCACCUGCGCCUGCUCCACCCACCCCAGGAGAAUGCCAAGCUCUGCUUUCUACGACACUCCCACAGCCAGCCAGUCUUCUUCCACCGCCACCACCACCUCCCCCUCCACCCCUGCCCCCUCCCCCUCCUCCCCUCCCACCCCCUUCAGCACCCCUUGCACCUUUGGUGUUCAGAAAAUCUGAUCGCACUAAAGCACCUCAGGCUGGGCCAUUGAAAAAAGAUAGACCCAUGCAGAUCACAGUUAAAGAUCUACUCAAUGUGAAAUUAAAGAAGACACCAAGCGUCAGUGAAAGGACAAAGCUUGAACCAUCACCACAGUCACAGAACCCGCUAGUUACUGUCUCAGACCUGCAGCGCGUUACCCUGAAACCUAACUCCAAAGUGUUAUCGACUCGAGUUACUAAUGUCCUAAUAACUCCUAGUAAGAGCCAACUGGAUCUGCGGAAACUGCUUAGAAAAGUCAAUGUAGACAGGAGCCCAGGUGGAACCCCUCUUACCAAUAAAGAAAACAUGGAUACAGGAACUGGACUGACUCCAGUAAUGACCCGGGCCUUGAGGAAAAAGUUUCAGCUAGCUCACCCUAAAAGCCCAACUCAAACUCUACAGCUUUCUCCAAGCAGCUUUGAUGAACAAACUGAUGUCAAUUCUACCUGACUCCAUGUGAUAAUCCAUA